AAUAAAUACAAAAAGAAAAGAAGAAGAAUAUUAGUAUUUAACAUUAAAAACUAAACUAAUUAAAAAGCUAGCUCCCCUUCUCUUCUAUAGCUUGCUUUCCUUUCUCCUUUCUUCCUUUCCAUUCAUCUUCUUUAGUUCCUCUCUUUUCUCUUUUCCCUCUGUGUAUUCUACCUUCUUUCUCUAUAGUACUACUGUGUGUGUGUGUGCGCGCUCUAAUAAGCUUAUAUUCUCCACUCAUAUAUUUCCAAAAAAUACCGACCAACCUUUAUCAAAAGAUACAUAAAGGAUCAUCACACACACAAGAAAGAAAGAAAAGAAAUUAUGGUUUUCUCAUCUUUUCCAGUCUAUUUAGAUCAUCCCAAUUUGCACCAGUUCCAACAAGACCAUCAUCAACAACAAGGAGGAAGCACUACUACAGUUGAUCACCAUCAUCAUCAUAAUAGCCAAGUACUACUUCAAACGGCCCCACCACCGCCUCCCCCGCCACUCGGGGUGGUAGGCGGUGGCGGAAGUGCCGGCGGGAGUGGCUCUAUUAGGCCUGGAUCAAUGGUGGAUCGAGCCCGGCUCGCAAAGCUACCUCUUCCGGAGGCAGGAAUAAAGUGCCCAAGAUGUGAUUCGACAAACACAAAGUUUUGCUACUUCAACAACUACAGCCUUUCACAACCAAGGCACUUUUGCAAGACAUGUAGAAGGUACUGGACAAAGGGUGGUGCCCUAAGAAAUGUUCCGGUCGGAGGCGGCUGCCGGAGGAACAAGAAAACCAAGAGCAACAGUACUUCAAACGGUUCAAAAUCUUCAGCUCUGAAUAAUAUGACGGCUGAACAACAACAAAGGCAACAACAGAACAUAAUGGUCAACACCACUAGUACUGAUGCUAGCCCUUCAAGAUCCAGCCCUGAUAUGUUGACUGGUCAACAUCAUCAUCAAUUGCCUAAUUUUAUGGCUGCUUUUCAGAACCUCAAUCAUUAUGGCACAACAAUUGGAGGGGGAUUUCAGGCACAACUGAUGGCUUCCACAACUGGUAGUACUAAUACUACUAAUGGAGGUUCAUUGCUUGUAAACAUGGGGUUCAACAUAGGUAGCAAUAACAAUAAUUUGGGAGUUGGUGGAAUUUUGCCUAAUGUUGGUGGUGGAUUUGAGGCACAACCAAGUUUGUUUCCUCCACUAAUUCAUCAUCAUCAUCAUCAAGCUGGUGAUCAAAUUCAAGGGGUGGAAUUAGCUUCAUCAUCUUCUAUGCUUCAUCAAGGAGAUCAACAACAACAACAAAUUGGUUCUUCUUCUUCUUUGGGAAUUAGUCACAAUAAUAUCAAUGGAUCAUCAUCAUCAUCAGUGAAAAAUGAAGAAAAUAAUCCAGCUGGUGCUGGUGGUGCUGGUGGCCUCAAUCUAACAAAGCAGUUUUUGUUGAAUAAUUCUGAUCAGGGAAACAACCAGUUCUCAUCAUGGGGAGGAAUAAGUACUACUACUCCUUGGACAGGUUUUUCUGGGCUCAACUCAUCAUCUUCUACAAGCCAUCUUCUAUAAUAAUUUUCUUCGAGAAGACUGAUAGUUUCAAGCUAGCUCUCAUAUUAUUUGGUUUGCAACAUCGAAUUAAGCUGACAAAUUAAUAAGAGAAGAUGUUUGUUGAAAUGCUUUGGGGUCAGUCAUCAACAUUGCUGCACUGUUUGACUAUAUGCAAUAUUAUGAGCUUCUCUCCUUCAAAACCUUGCCAAGAGGGAAAUCUACAGAUAUUAGUUUCUGACUUCUAUUAAGGGGUUUUUCACCAAAGGGCCUGCAGCUUCAAUUUACGAAGAACUGGACAUGCAUGGUAGGUGGUUUUUUUUUUUUUUCUGUAAUUUAUAUAGUUUGGGCUGUUUACUAAGGUUUUUAACCAUACAAUAUCCUCUAUAUAUGUUGAUUCUCCUAGUUAGUGAUUAGUUUGUAACAUGGUUUUAUUUGGCUUCUCAUUAGCUAUAUGUAUCGAGCUAGCUUCCGGCUAGGACGCGUAUGUUUCUUGAAGAAAUUAAUGCUUGUUUGAGAUUGUUGUCUGACGGAAGUUCGGUCUGGUUUUCUUCCUCAUGCAUUUGAAGUAGUUCAUAAUAUGGGACUUCCCCCAAACCCUAGUUCUAUAUUUUCUACUCAUAUAACUUCGUGAGCUCAAGAAUUUGGUUAUAUUAAUUAGGGAAAGACAUGCAUGAUUAAAUUCUUCAGCUGAUUUGCAUUUCUAGCCAGACUUGUUUUAUUCCGCGAUGAAUGGAUCAUGCCACUCACGCCAUAUCUGAAAAUCAGAAGAAAUGACAUAAUUCAUCUGAUGCAUUAAUGUUAAUAUCUCAUGCUGUUUCACACAAAAUCCAGGACCUAUCACAAACUAAGAACUACCAUCAUGUUCGAACUAAUAAUUAGGCAAGAACUAUCUUCUUCCCGUCGAUAUCUUAAUUCGAU